UUGAGCCCCAUCCCUCUCCAAGCCCUUCCCAUCGUGUGCUGGGCUGCCCACAGUCUCUCAGCCGCCGGGUUUGUGCCAGGAGCCCACGAGUGAGGGGUGAUGAGGUGCUGGAGUUCUGCUGGAGACACGGGCAGUGCUUGUGCAGAAGGGAAGCAAACCCAAGGACAGCCCGGGCCUGGACACGAGGACUCUGCCUUGUGGAAGCUGAGAGCUGUUCCUGAGGGACACAGGACACCCUGGGACACGUGAGGAUGGACAGACAGGACAGAAGAGCCCCAGCCCUGCCAGGAUCCACGUGGGGUGUGGAGCCCUGGGCAGACCCUCGGCUGCCUGUGCCAAGGAGACCCCCGGGGCUGAGAGCCCUUCUGUGAGACCUACUGGCAGCUGCACAGUGGUUUGCUGUUGUUUGUCAGAGCACUAAUUAACUUGGAUUAGAAGAAAUCUCAUUCUGAAUGACUGCCCUGUCUGCUUGGUCCUGCCCCUGAAGGCUCCAGUUUGUUUGCAGCACCAGGGCCUUGUGGCUCCAGCUCAUGUGCAGCUUCAGGUCCAGCCCAUGGAUGGUGCCAGCUGGUUUGUGAGUCUGUUUGGUUGCAGCUGCAGCUCAUGGGCAACUCUGGCUGGAGCUCGUUUGCACCUUCAGGCUCAGCUGGUUCCUGCUUCCAGUGUGUUUUGGGCUCCUGUCAGUUACAGAACCAAUCCAGUGUCAUGUCUCCCAGCUGGUUUCAGGAGCUCCCACCAGACCCUCCUGCCUGCACCCCCUCCCUCCUCUGCUGCAGCUCCAGGACCCUGUGGCCGCAGGGUCCUGCCCCUGAAGGCUCCAGUUCAUUUGCAGCACCCGGGCCUUGUGGCUCCAGCUCAUGUGCAGCUUCAGGUCCAGCUCAUGGAUGGUGCCAGCUGGUUUGUGAGUCUGGUUGGUUGCAGCUGCAGCUCAUGGGCAACUCUGGCUGGAGCUCGUUUGCACCUUCAGGCCCAGCAGGUUCCUGCUUCCAGUGUGUUUUGGGCUCCUGUCAGUUACAGAACCAGUCCAGUGUCAUGUCUCCCUGCUGGUUUCAGGAGCUCCCACCAGACCCUCCUGCCUGCACCCCCUCCCUCCUCUGCUGCAGCUCCAGGACCCUGUGGCCGCAGGGUCCUGCCCCUGAAGGCUCCAGUUCGUUUGCAGCACCAGGGCCUUGUGGCUCCAGCUCAUGUGCAGCUUCAGGUCCAGCUCAUGGAUGGUGCCAGCUGGUUUGUGAGUCUGUUUGGUUGCAGCUGCAGCUCAUGGGCAGCUCUGGCUGGAGCUCGUUUGCACCUUCAGGCCCAGCUGGUUCCUGCUUCCAGUGUGUUUUGGACCCCAGUUGGUUUCAGAACCAGUCCAGAGUCAUCUCCUCCAGCUGAGCUGCAUCUCCACUGCCAGUUGGUUCCAGUUCAUUUCCAAUGCCAGUUGGGUUCCAGCUCCUCUCCAUUGCCAGUUGGUUCCAGUUCAUUUCCAUUGCUAAUUGGGUUCCAGUUCAUUGUGGUUCCAGCCCCUCUCAGCUGGUGCUUGUUCCAGCCCUCUUGGCUUCAGCCCAAGUUGUCCAUCACUCACUGUCACCAAGCACACAUGAACAUCAAGUGUCAUCCCUGGUCCCAACCCUGAAGGGGCUUGUACCUUGAAUAAACAGUU